ACUACUACUACUCAUAUUCCUUUUCUCUUUAUCUAUUGAUGCCGACAAUCCAAAUAAAUAGAGAUUGUAAUAGUAAAGCUUAUUUAGUUUUCUAUGUUAGAUCUUCAUUUAAGUACACACCCGACCAAUGAUAGUUUAGUUUUUGCUAAAAAUGGUUCAUUGUGUGGACACAUUCUAAAGGAGAAUGGGAAUUGGGUUAAAAUUGGUGUGCGAAAUGGAGGAGUGGUUCAGAGUUAAUGGUGCUGAAUAUUCGUACAUAGCUACUGAAAACGACAACCAAGCUUCCAUUAAGCUCUUCACCAACAAAUGCGGUUACUCCAAGUUCCGUACCCCGUCCAUUUUGGUCCAGCCCGUUUUCGCUCAUCGGGCCCGGGUAUCAAGUCGGGUCACUAUUAUCAAGCUCAGCCCAACUGACGCUGAAACACUAUACCGCCGCCGGUUCUCCACUACCGAGUUCUUCCCACGCGAUAUUGAUUCUAUUCUAUACAACAAACUCAAUCUGGGUACUUUUCUAGCGGUUCCAAAGGGGCUUUACUCGGCCCAAACUUGGCCCGGAGUGGACGAGUUUUUGGCGAGUCAGCCCGAGUCAUGGGCUGUGCUCAGCGUGUGGAACUGUAAGGACGUGUUCAAUCUUGAGGUUCGUGGCGCGUCGCGAAUGACAAAGAUUCUUGCUAAGACGACUCGUAUAGUGGACCGGGCUUUUCCUUGGCUCAAAGUACCGUCGGUGCCGGAGGUUUUCAGGCCAUUUGGGCUUCACUUUUUGUAUGGGCUUGGUGGAAAAGGCCCAUUAGCUGAAAAGUUAACAAAAUCCCUGUGUGAUUUUGCACAUAAUCUAGCUAAAGAGUCGCGGUGUAGCGUGGUGGCGACGGAGGUGGCAAAUCGUGAACCGUUAAGGUUAGCAAUUCCACACUGGAAAAAGCUAUCUUGCGCAGAGGAUUUAUGGUGCAUGAAACGACUAGGGGAAGACUAUAGUGACGGGUCAUUAGGUGACUGGACAAAGUCACAACCUGGUCUUUCUAUUUUUGUUGAUCCUAGAGAAGUCUAACUUUAUAAUAGUAGUAGUAGUUUCAAAUAUGUCAUGUCCUUUCGCACGAGGAAUAGUGAAAUCUAAUUUUAGAAGCUCAAAGAAAAAGCAGGUGAAAAAGUUGAUAUUUCCUUUUUGGUAGGUUCUGUUUUUUGGUUGAAGCCAGUUAAACUUUUAACUAUAUAAGUUGAAGAUAUGGGUAGAGAACACUUUUUGUUGUUGGUUGGUUGCUGUAAAGGGGGGGAAUAUCCCACAUUUUAUGUAAAUGGAUGUGGCUUUUUAGAUCCUCUUUCGGCCAAAGAGAAGAUGUUUCUGUUGUCAAAUGCUGGAAUUUGUUA